AUGGCUUCUGGCUGUACCACUUCUGAUCCCGAUGGCAAUGGACCGAAUGGUGACAGAGAACGUGACGAUAAAAGCUUUCACCUCACUCCCCUAGAGACGCUCGCUUCCGUCGCCGUGGCUGCCGCUGCGCCCGCCAUCACACCCACCGUUGAGCCGCCCACUAUGGAGGCUGAAGAACCGACUGUUCAGAAAAUUGAAGACAUCGGUGAGCACACAGGCCACAACACAGGUGACAAUGCAGGCGACAACACGGGUGACGACACAGACGACAUCACAGAGGAUGACAUCCGCGAGGCUAUCAGUCAGGUCAUGCAUCAAACUGCCCUUGAGGGCCUCCAGUUUGCUAUUCCCCGCACCUCCACGUCAGGUAAUGGAGAAGGAAGCAGCUCUGCACCUGCCUACCGCCAGCAUGAUUGUAUUGUGGCCCGCACUGUUAACCGCCACGCGCCCUACCUGGCAGAUGUUCCAGACAUCAUCCUUGGACAAGUCUGGAUCGACCACAUUGACUCCAUGAUGGGCGUCCGCACCCAGUCCCAGACUGACGAGAUGCGGUUUUGCAUUGAGCAUACGGACCGGAUCAUUCAGUUGGCCAAUGAUGUCUUGGGGCGGCAGAGGGAACUUUUGGCGGAUCUGAGACGGAUUUCUAGCGAGAUUAUGGGUUUCGGCGAUAAAGAGGGGGGUAGUGGGGACGGUGAUGACACUGUUGCCAAUGGACGCAGUAUUGUGGAGGAGUAG